UUGCUCGUGGAUAAGACUAGAGUCGGGAUGCGUCCUCACCCUGUUGUUACUGUUACCGCUGAUGAGGCUGAUAUUGCUUGGGGUGCAGUGACGCUUGCUCACAUGUAUCGCCAACUGGGUAUGGCGACAAGGACUGGGUGCAAGACUAUUGCUGGUUGCCUGACACUGUUGCAGACAUGGAUUUACGAGUACUUCCCAGCCUUCCGCCCCCAUCCGCGUCAAGCUGACAUGCCGAACAAGACAAGGGCAGAGAUGUGGUCCCCGCCGAAGCCAAUCCGCGAGCUGAGCAGACUGAUAGACUGUAGGAGCAUACUGGAUGCCAUGACAGAGGCACAGGUGGAGUGGACUCCGUACUUGACUUAUGAUAGGUCUUUAUUGAACGAGCACCCACGUACCUCGUAUAUCGGUGGUAUCACCUGUUUCGAUAUCGUGGAGGUCUAUUUGCCUGAGAGGACAGUGAGGCAGCUCGGUUUUGCACAGGAGAUUCCCCCGGCUCCGCUGAGACCUACCCAAGCUCUGCGACCAGCACAGGGCUCCUACUCAGUUACAUUCGCUUCUUCCUGUAUGUUUACGGAGAUGUGGAGUAGGUUCCCUUACUGUGCCCGCGUAGUGGAGCAGGCACAGCGUCGCGCAUCGGUUCCAUCAGAGGCUGCCCCGGAUUACGUGGACUGGUUUAGAGUGUCUUCCCACUGUUUUCUCAUCCCAGGUGAAGGACCUGCUGCUGCGUUUGGUGCUGCUGAUAACAGAGUCGAAUAUGUUAGUAUUCCUAAUUAUAUGUGGGAUAUAAGAUAUUUUGGAUAUCCAAUCCACAUGUAUCCGAAAAUCGGAUCGGAUAUCAUAUAUGGCUGUACUGAAAUGGAAUGGUUGUGUGGUGUCACUUCACCUACAACUAGUGAUGGCAACUGGUCAGAUCUGGACCGGGUCCAGGUGGACUCGGAUCCGGAUCUGUUUUCAAGAAUAGGAUUCAGAUUCGGACCCGAAUCCGCGGGUCCAGUUGCAAGACCCAGAUCCGGAUCCGUGGAUACUGCGGGUUCAGUAUUGGAUCCGGGUCCAAAACGAGUCUAA